GACGUGUUGAAGCGGAAGUGGCCUGAGUGAGGUUGUCGCGCAAAGAGAGCGGGAGGCGGGGAGGGUCCCACCGACUGUACAUCAGCGAUCUCAAAAUCCCAAGGCUAGAUACAAAAAUAAACAGCGUUUAUAUUUAUGAUACUGGAAUCUGAAUAUUCGCUUGCGAUACAUAGACGUCCGAGCUUAGAAUUACGAAUCCACAGGGUGGAGCAGAACAAAAAAGCUGUUCUUCGCACGAGGGCAGCUGUUGCUAGCUAGCUAUCUUGCAGUCGCACCUUCUGAAAAGCAUCCUCGCCGCCGCCGGAUAGAUUGACGCCGAUUUUGAGGCGCAAUCAUUGGACUAGCUUGUUGCUGCAGCUGCAUACAUCGAAGCUUGCUUACCAUCGACCGCCAGUCAGAAUGAGCAGUGAAGAGGUUAACCCAGCAGCAGUGCCCGUCCCAGUUCAGGACGUGCAGGGGGAUGGGCGCUGGAUGUCCCAGCACACGCGGUUCGUGCAGGAGUGCAAGGAUGCUGAGCCCGAGGUCCUGUUUGUGGGAGACUCCAUGGUGCAGCUAAUGCAGCAGUAUGAGGUGUGGCGGGAGCUCUUCUCCCCGCUCCACGCUAUAAACUUCGGCAUCGCGGGAGACACCACCUGCAACGUGCUGUGGAGACUGCAGAACGGGGAGCUGCAGAACAUCAGACCCAAGGUGGUGGUGGUGUGGGUAGGAACCAAUAAUCACGAGCACACGGCAGAGCAGGUUGCAGGGGGAAUUGUGGCCAUUGUGCAACACCUCAUCUCGAGCCUCCCGCAGGCGAAGGUCGUGGUGCUGGGCCUCCUUCCCCGCGGCGAGCGGCCCAACCCCCUCCGGGUGAAGAACGCCUCGGUGAACGGGCUCCUGCGCUCCUGGCUGCCCCGCCUGGGCUCCACGCAGCUCCUGGACGUCAGCGCGGGCUUCGUGCACUCGGACGGCGCCAUCUCCACGGGGGACAUGUUCGACUUCCUGCACCUGACGGCCGGCGGCUACCGCGCCGUGGCCAAGCCCCUCAGCGACCUGCUCCUGCAGCUCCUGGAGGAGACGCCCGAGGACAGGCGCGCCUCGCUGGUCUGAGGGGGGGAG